AUGGACCUUCUCGUACUAAGCAUAACCCAGUUUUUUACUCAUACAACCCAUAUUCUUCCCCAUUCUCUAACAAGCAGUUCUUCCUCAUCUGUAACCAUCAUAUCUUCCUCGACAGUGACAAGCAGUUCUUCCUCAUCAGUAACUAGUAUUUCUUCCUCAUCAGUAUGCAGCAUUUCCUCCCAAUCACAAUUCAGAAGUUCCUCCAAGUCUCUGAAGAGCAGUUCUUCCCUAUCAGUAUUCAGUAUUUCUUCAUCACUAACUAGUAGUUCUUCCUCAUCAGUAACCAGCAAUUCUUCCUUAACAGCAACCAGCAGUUCUUCCUUAUCAGAAUCGAGCAGUUCUUCCUUAACAGAUACCAGCCGUUCUUCUUCAGCAGUAACCAGUAAUUCUUCUUCAUCACUCACCAGUAGAUCUUCCCCAUCUCUAACUAGUAGUUCUCCCUCCUCAGUAACAAGCAGUUCAUCUUUAAUAGAAACCAGGAGUUCUUCAUCAUCAUUAAACAAUAACUCUUCCCCAUCUCUAACCAGUAGUUCAUCUUCAUCAUUAACCAGCAGUUCUUCCUCAUCAUUAACCAGUAGUUCUCCCUCAUCAUUAACCAGUAGUUCUUCCUCAUCAGUAACCAGCAGUUCUUCCACAUCACGAACCAGUAGUUCUUUCAAAUCAUUAACAAGUAAUUCUUACCCAUCACUAAAAAGCAGUUCUUCUUCAGCAUUACCCAGCAGUUCAUCGUCAUCAUUAAUCAGUAGUUCCUCCUCAUCGGUAAUCUUUAGUUCUUCGUCAUCAGUAACGAGCACAUCUUCCUCAUCAGUAACAAGAAAUUCUUCCUCAUCAGUAACCAGUUAUUCUUCCCAUUCACUAAGCAGUUGUCCUUCCUCAUCAGUAUCGAGUAGUUACGAUUCAUCAGCAACCAGUAAUUCUUCAUCAUUAGUAACCAGUAGUUAUUCCUCCUCAGUAAUCAGUAGUCCUUACACAUCAGCAUCCAGUAGUUCUUCCUCAUCACUAACCAGUAGUUCUUCCUCAUCACUAACCAGUAGUUCUUCCUCCUCACUAACCAGUAGAUCUUCCUCAUCAGUAACCAGUAGUUCUGCCGCAUCUCGAAUCAUUAGUUCUUCCAAAUCACUAGCCAGUAGUUCUUCCCCAUCACUAAGCAGUAGUUCUUCAUCAAUAAGCAGUAAUUCUUCCUCAUCAAUAAGCAGUAGUUCUUCUCCAUCAGCAAGCAGUAGUUCUUUGCCAUCAGAGAAAAGUAGUUCUUUCUCUACAAUAACCAGUCGUUCUUCCUCAUCAGUAACUAGUAAUUCUUUCUCAUCACUAACCAGUAGCUUUUACUCAUCACAAGCCAGUAGUUCUUCCGCAUAUCUAACCAUUAGUUCUACCACAUCUUUAUCCAGUAGUUCUUCUUCAUUAACCGGUAGUUCAUCCUCAUCAUUAACCAGUAGUUCCUCCUCAGCAGUAACCAAUAGUUCUUAUUCAUCAGUAACCAGUAAAUCUUCCUCAUCGCUAAAUAAUAGUUCUUCCUCAUCAGUAACCAGUAGUUCUUCAUCAGCAACCAGUAAUUCUUCGUCAUUAGUAGCCAGUAGUUCUUCCUCAUCACUAAUCAGUAGUUCCUCCUCAUUAACCGUUGUUUCUCCCUCAUCACUAGCCAGUAGUUCAUCCUCGUCAGUAACCAGGAGUUCUUCCACAUCACGAGCCAGUAGUACUUCCAAAUUACUAACCAGUAGUUCUUCCCCAUCACUAACCAAUGGAUCUUCUGCAUCACAAAGCAGUAGUUCUUCCUCAUCAAUAAGCAGUAGUUCUUCUACAUCUGCUACUAGUAGUUCGUUACCAUCAGAGAAAACUAGUUCUUUCUCAUCACUAACCAGUAGUUCUUCCCCAUCUCUAACAAUCAGUUCGUCCUCAUCGGUAACCAUCAAUUCUUCCUCAUCAGUAAGCACUAGUUCUUCCUUAUUAGAAACGAGCAGUCCUUCCUCAUCAUUAAGCAGUAACUCUUCCUCAUCAGUAAUCAAUAGUUAUUACUCAUCAGUAACCAGAAGUUCGUCCUCAUCAGUGACAAGCCGUUCUUCCUCACCAGUAACCGGUAAUUCUUCCUCAUCACUAACCGGUAGUUCUUCCUCAUCAGUAACGAACUUUUCUUCUUCAUCAGUAACCAGUAAUUCCUCCUCAUCACUAGCCAGUAGUUAUUCCUCAUCAUUAACUAGUAGUUCUUCCUCAUCAUUAACCAGUACUUCUUCACCAUUAACCAGUAGUUCUUCCUCAUCAGUAACCAGUAGUUCUUCCCCAAUAGUAACCAGUAGUUCUUACUCAUCACUAACCAGCAGAUCUUCGCCAUCUCUAACAAGCAGUUCUUCCUCAUCGGUAACCAGCAACUCUUCCUCAUCAGGAACCAGCAGUUCUUCCUUAUCAGAAACCAGCAGUUCUUCCUCAUCAUUAACAAAAGUUCUUCCUCAUCACUAA